AUGAACUUGAUUGACUUCAUUGGCAACUGGCUCGCGGCGCUGUUUCGCUCACCAUUGCUCCUGCUACGCGUACUACUCCCACAUCCUUUUGCACGUGCUCGGCCAAGUAGAGCUCGAGAGGCUGACAAUAUGCCCAUCUCGUACCAUGACGAUGAGACUUGGGCGGACAUUGAGCCGCUGCCCCAGGAUGAUGGUGGCCUUCACCCGCUGGCUGCCAUUGCAUAUACGGAUGAGUACAGCGAGGCCAUGGGCUACUUGCGCGCCGUCAUGGCGAGGAAUGAGUUUAGCGAGCGGGUGCUUGGGCUUACGGAGCACAUCAUCAGCAUGAACCCCGCCCAUUACACUGUCUGGCUGUAUCGCGCCAAGACUGUUUCUGCAAUUGGUAGAUCGCUGCAGGAUGAGAUUGCGUGGCUCAAUCCGACUGCGCUGAAGCACCUCAAAAACUACCAGAUAUGGCAUCAUAGACACACCAUCAUCGAUGCCCUUGGCUCGCCAGAAGGCGAAGCCGAAUUCAUCGACAAAAUGCUGGAGCAGGACUCAAAGAACUAUCACGUGUGGAGCUACAGGCAAUGGCUAGUCAAGCGCUUCGAUUUGUUCGAUAAGCCAGAGGAACUCGAGUGGACGCACGGCAUGAUCGAAGACGAUGUGCGCAACAACUCGGCUUGGAACCACCGCUACUACCUGGUAGUCGAAGGCCGCAAGGGGAAACCAAGCGAGGACAUUGUCCAGCGGGAGAUUGAAUACACCAAAUCAGCUAUUCGCAAGGCUCCGCAGAACCAGAGCCCAUGGAACUACGUCUUGGGCAUCGUUCGCGCAGCUGGAAUGCCCAAGUCGACCCUCAAAGACUUUGCCUUGGAAUUCGCUGAUGUGCAGAGGCCCGAAGAGGUGUACUCAAGUCACGCCCUGGAUCUCCUGGCCGAUAUCUAUGCGGAGGAGGAAAACAGCAAGGAAGAGGCCAGAAAGGCGCUGGAUCUUUUGGCGACAAAGUAUGAUCCCAUCCGCGCCAGUUACUGGAAUUUCAGAAAAGGCUUGCUAGACCAUCCAAAGGUUGCUGCAGAUGUCAUUGCCUAA